AUUUCAUCCAAAUUCCAAUUCCUCUGCUCAAACCAUACUGUAAUAACUGAAUAAAGUUACUAUAUAUGUAUAUAAUUUUUUUUUGUUUUCAUUGCAGAAUUUCUAAAAUAAACUUUUCCAAUCUUUCAUUUUGGACAGUACCAGUAACUGUUAAAAGCUAAGGGUGCUUACAAAAAGAUACUGAUAUAUGGCAAAAAGUGCAGAUCAUGAUCAGACUGCAUGGACAAUUUACACUCGUCGCAAAGUUUUACCUGCCUAAGUCGUAUAUUUAGGAAAAUGUUUGUUCGGAACAUUCUGCGGAGACCACGACUGGUUCAGUGCUGUAUUAGAUGCUUGGAAAGAAGAAAAUUGUCAACAGACAGCAAUGCAGUGAACCUGUCCUACUAUUCCUAUGAGAAGAAAGUGGAUGGAGCUGUUGAACAGCAACCUGUUAUUAUUUUACAUGGAAUGAUGGGAUCGAAACAGAACUGGCAGAGUCUAGCUAAGGUGUUUGGAAAAUCAGGCAGAAAGGUGGUUGCUUUGGAUGCCAGAAAUCAUGGUGAGAGUGAUCAUACAGAAGAAAUGAAUUACUUCCUGCUGCGAGAUGAUGUGUUACGACUUAUGGAUCAGCAGGAACUUGAGCAGGCUGUUCUGAUGGGUCACAGCAUGGGCGGGAAAACUGCAAUGACCACAGCUCUUACAAAUGCAGAGAGAGUUGCAGGUCUGAUAGUGGUAGAUAUUUCCCCAGCAGUGAGUCCUAGUGUCAACAAAACACCUGCUUAUCUCGAAGCUAUGUUAAGGAUCUCUUUGUCAUUUUCUGAUUUAAAUGGAGAGGACUCUUCACCUUCUAUGUCACAAGUGAGGCAGCAGAUUAUAAAUGACCUAGCAGUGGCAGUCCAGGAUGAAGCUAUGAGACAUUUUCUGGCAUCAAACUUAACAAUCAGGGAUAACAAACUUUCAUGGAAGUGUAACCUAGAUGCCAUUAUUAACAAUCUACAUGACCUUUCCUCAUUCCCAUUGUUUGAAGAAGAACAGUAUUAUGGGAGGUGCUUGUUUAUAGGAGGUGGAAAUUCAGAUUAUAUAAGAGAGGAACAUUAUCCGUUGAUAAAGUCUUUGUUUCCACUGGCUGAGACACAGCAUAUACCAGAUGCAGGUCACUGGGUACAUUCAGAGAAACCCCAGCAAUUUAUACAUGUUGUCAAUGCAUUUCUGAAGGAUGCAGGAUUAUGAUAUUGUUUUUUAUGAUAUGUUGUUAUUAUUAUUAUUAUUGUUUAACUUUCUUGUGUGCUCAUACAAAUAUAUUGAAAAAGAUGGUUUUGCAAAAUUCUUUUAUAAAGUUGGAUUGAGAAGUCUGUGGUAUUUUAAUUUUUAUGCCCCCCGGCAUCUACUGAUGCGGGAGGCAUAUAGGGAUUGUCCUGUCCGUCCGUCCGACCGUUCGUUCGUCCAUCCUUACGAGGUUAACCAAAUGGGACCGUUUCGUCUAGCAUCAAUACCCCUUACUAGAAUUACUUGAUACUAAUGCAGUUGUAACCUGUGACCAUUCCUCAUCUUCAGACAUCACCUGACCUCAGUUUGACCUUGAUCUUGACCUCAUUUUGAACUUAGGUUGCUUUAUAUGGGCCAUCUCUUGGUUAACCAAAUGGGACCGUUUCGUCUAGCAUCAAUACCGCUUACAAGAAUGAGUUGAUACUAAUAGAGAUGUAACCUGUGACUAUUCCUCAUCUUCAAACAUCACCUGACCUCAGUUUGACCUUGACCUCGUUUUGGACUUAGGUUGCUUUGUAUCGACAAGGAUACCACCGGGGGCAUCAAGCGUUUAUUGAACGCAGCUCCUUGUUUAUGAUUUUAAAGCUUCAUUUUAAACAGACCUUAAUAUGAAAUUCAUAUUUUGAUACAAGUUGCCCUUAAAGAA